UCUGUGUAGGCAGCUAAGCUACUGUUUGUCAGUUAAAACUUGGACACAUUUGUUUAUUUUGAGCGAAUACGUUUAAAAUCGACUCUUAGCCGCAGCUCACGGCCAGAAACCAAGACCACAGCUCUUAUUUUGAACAUUAUCUGUCGAAAAUGAUUUUCCACAUCCCAUGGAUCUAUGUUCCUGUUCGGAAUGUCCUAGCAAUCUGGCAUCAGCUGACAAAGUAUGAGAUACCUGAGCUAACGAAACCCUCAGUCAUUAUGAGAGACAGAGGAAGAGUGGAAGAGAUCAUCCGUAACAUGCACAGGGCAGGACCAGGUGCACUACAGGUGAUUUCUGACUUUGACAUGAUGCUCACCAGGUUUGCUUAUAAUGGAAAGCUCUGCCCAACAUCAUAUGGCAUCCUUGAGAACAGCUCCCUCAUUAGCAAACACUGCAAGGCCAAGUGUGUGGAUGUGUGCAGGGACGGGUAUGAGGUUUUCUUUGGCUCAUUGAAGGAUCACUCCAUCCCUCUGCUCAUCUUUUCGGCUGGACUGGGAGAUAUACUGGAAGAGGUGAUCAAACUCAACGGUCUGUUCCACCCCAACAUACGAGUCUUCUCCAACUACAUGGGGUUUGACAAAAACGUUGAGGAGAGGAGGGAUGCGUACGUCGGCUCUUAUGACAUCGUGCUGGAGAAAGACGAAAUGCUGGAUGUUCCCAAUGCCAUCCUCAACUACAUCACUGAGGGAAAACGAAGCUUCAUACUGUUGACCUCAUGAACUACGUGAUGUACACAUGGAAGAAAAGCCAAAAAAAGACACCUCUGCUGAAGGACCAGAACCAUAUGACAAUUUUAAUAACCACACACUUGUGGUCUGUUAUUACUUGUAAGCCAUAGUUUUGGGUUUUUUGAGACUGAUUCCCAGUAUCAUUAUUCUCAGACUGUAACUCAGUUCCAGGGGUAGUGGUUGCCCUACGAAAUGGGACAACCCUCAAAU